AUGGACGUAAAGCCCUUUCCGCUCUUUAGACUGCCCGAUCUUCCUCGCAGUCUUGUGUUUAAACAGUUUGAAAUCCAUGAGCUAGUGACAUUGUCUAUGAACUUCCGCCGCGUUCGGCGAUUUGCGACUGCUUACAAAUCUCAUGAGGCUGAACUGACCUGGGAAUUCAAUGACUAUUAUCGUCGAUCAAGAAUGACAGCAGGGAGAUAUACACGUCCAUGGAACACAUUUAUGAGUGUGUUUCUUCAUUUCCCCAAUAUGAAAAAGAAGAAAAGGAACGUGAAAUACCACUUUUUGAGUGGUACCUUGAGAUCAAUAGAACCCAUUAAAGUUGUCAAUGUUGGUGGAGAGUGGCCAUUGCCAAUUGAAGCAUAUGAUAAAAAAUAUGAGUAUACAAUACUCGGACGGAAUGACUUCCAUAAAGCAGACCCACGAAGAAUCGAUAUAAAGUUUAUGGAAAAGCUGUCAAUUCUUUUUGAGGAUAUAUUUCGUGUACGCAAAUAUAAUGUACGGUUGCUGCAAAUGAGGGACUUCAAUCUUGCUGGCUCGUUCAUUUGGAAAACACCGAAAGUAUUCGAGAAUAUCACAAUCAGUGAUCAGAAAAUUAGUUACAAAACCACUCGAUUUUUCAUGGAAGAACUGAAAGUGAGACACUUGAUAUUAGAUGUCGAAACUACAUGUUCCAGAAAUAAACCUCUAACCUUGAAGUAUCCUCAAAUCGACAUCAGUAAUUGUAACUAUGCUACAAUUGAAGACGUUAUGAACUGUAGUAGUGAGAAACUCUCUAUCGAAUUCAAAUCUGUUAUUAGCAUGGAUCAGCUGGUUGAAGUUGUCAAUGUUUGGAUCAGUGCAACAAAGUUGAACGGGAUGAAGAAGAUCAACUUAGAAUGGCCAGAACGAAAAAACCAAUCAAAUGCCACAAACGAGUUUUUUAAAAAGAUGGAGGGCGUUGGUGAGAAAAUCCCAAAUGAGACAAACAAAAUUACUGUCAAAAGAGCCACUGAUGGGGAGAUAGCAACGGUGGAAUUUAAUGGAUGUUUCUUCUCAAUGACUCUCCAGAAGGCCGACGACGAGGAAGACGAGGAAUACGAGGAAUACGAGGAUGACGAGGAGGAUGAGGAGGACGAGGAUGACGAUGAGGAUGAGGAGGACGAGGAGGAAGAGGAGGAUUAA